UUUUUUUAAAAGUCAAAUGACAUUUACGGACAAUACCGGCAAAUUUAAGUAAACAAUUUCUUGAAUAGUAUGGUAUGACAUCAGGUAUGUAUAGAAUUUUCUAAUAGAGAAUUUAAUUUGCAACAUAAAUCAGCACUGUACACAAGAAUUUCAGAGGAAUAUCGAUCGCCGCAGUUUUACCGUUCAUGCAGAGCGGCGAGUGUUGAUUGUCUGGUUGUGAUUGCAUGAAUGGUGAUAUUUUGAAAAAAGUAUUGUUCUUAGCGUUAACGUUAUUAUUUAUCUACUUAAUUGAUUAAUGUGAUCGACUAUCAUUCAUUAGUAAUGUAAUUGUUCUUAUCGCGCAAAGACACUCGAUAACAUAAUUGCCACGAUGCUUUCCAGACACAAGCAAACAGUAUCUAAACAUAAAAUAUUUUAUCGAUAUAGUUUCUUUAUAUUAAUACUUCUGUGUAUGUUAUUAGCAUCAAUACGACCAAAUUUUGGCGGAGCAAAUGGUGUUAUCAAUGGCAAUAUAGUGGUGUGGUAUUUUGCAGUGCCUUUGACGUACUUAGAAGCAGGACUGUUAUGUAGUCCUAAAUCACUUUACAUGGCAAUGAGUGAUGGAUAUCUUUUGAUAUUUGUAUUAAGCUUCAUAUACAUUUUAAUGCCACUGCUAGCCCGAGUUGCAAGUUGCCUGUUAACAUAUGCCAGGGUUAAUGUGUGGCUCCUCAAAGGGAUGGAAGUACUCUACUGUAUGCCACCACCUUUCACCACAAGUCUUGCCCUAAGCCGAUUAGCAGACGCCGAUUUGCCUACAAGCGUCGUUACAACUUUAGUGUCUCAUUUUUUUGGGCUAUUUAUCUCGCCGGUUUUACUUUAUUUCAUGUUAGGUGCAUCGACACCACCACUGGUUGGUGUGAAUAUUAGAGAAGCCAUAUACAGUACCCUGAUGCCGUUGAGUGUCGGCAUCCUUCUGCAACUAUCUAACGAGAAGUGUAACUCCUGUUUUGGUAUCCGGACAGAAUGGCUUUCUCAAGGAUUAUUAUUACUCACAGCCUACCAUUCAUUCUGUGAUGCUAUAUCAGCGGACGCAUCUUCCUUGCAAGCCGUUGACAUACUACUUUGCAUACUGAUCACACUUUAUCUUCAAGCUUGUCUUGGGCAAAUGUUGGUAGUCGGUCUAUGGUGGAUAUUAUGCUCGCGCUGGUUACCACGAAGAAUAUUAUUAGCGGCAUUAUUCACCAGUACUCAUAAAUCCAUUGGCCUUGGAGGGUGGUUACUACGCGGUGCUUAUCAUGGCUCAGCCCAUGGACCAGCUGUCAAUUUACCAGUAUCCGUAUUACCUGUAGCACAACUUUUGCUGGGAAGUUUAUUAGCCAGCUGGUUGAGCCCUUGACGUCGGGUACAUAACAUUGCUUUUGCAAAGAAAGUGCCUCAAACGGAUAUAACGCAACGGACUCUGGAACCUCUAGAAUCGGUAGUGUGUAGUCCAACAACAAAUUUACUACCGUAAAAGCUCCUCUAGUUAGUUAUAAAAUGAACUGUUUGCUAAUUCCAAAGAUAUAGUAUUAGGGACAAGCUCAAUCGUAAGGUAGUACGGUAAAAAAAGAAUUAGCUACCAUGACUUCCAAAAUUCUUAACGUAUAAUAUAAAAAAGCUCGAAUAUCUUAAACAAUACAGGAAUUUAAAUUCUUUGCAAAUAGUAAGCAUGGGAGCAAUUGAUAAUACAAUAUUAUCAUAUGGAAAUUAUCAAAUAGAAUAUUUGGUUACUUAAUUGAUUCGCAAAAAAGUACGUUUAUACCAGGAUAUUGGAACAUGUAAUCGCUAUUAUUUUUCUUAUUCAAACGGAAUAAGAAAAGUAAUAGGAUAAAUAAACAAAGAAAAAGAUAUCUAAAUAUUUUGCUUAAACUUAAACAAGUCAUUCAUUAUUGAUCUUUUCUCUGUAUACUACAUUUAAUAAGCCAUGCAAUUUAGCGUGCUUAGAAAUACGAGAUAGGCUAACCUAACCUACUCAUCUCUGUUUUAGAUAGAAUGUCUCGAUUGAACUACGCCUAAAUAAUAUUAAACUGAUUAUUCGUUUUGUUCUAAUACCCGUUCGAAAAUAGAGUAAUCAAUUUAACGUUAAAUGCUAGAUUAGCCUUGUUAACUAAUAUUUGAAAGUUAGUAUUGGAGUCUUCAAAUUUUAUAAAUAUGUAUUGCUAGAAGAGAUAAUCAAUUCAAUAUGUAUACCAAUCAGUUAUUUAUACAAAAUUGAUCUAGGAAGAUUUAAUGAAUUCAACUUUUAAGUAGGAAAGAAAAAGUGAUAACUGACUGUGAGAAAUAUUCGUGUGUACUUUGGAGAAAAUAAGGAACACGUUUUAAAAUGGCAAUAUAUAAUAGUGAUAUUAUACUUACCCUCGCGUUACAUGAAGUAUUGUAUACUUUAGAAUGAUAUUAUUUAUGUGGUAUAUCAUAAAAAUAAAACUGUAUGAGUUACUUAUUCGAAAUUGUUUAGUUAUCUUUGUUUCUUCAUAUAUGUUACGAAAUAAAAAUAAAAAUCAUACAUCGUAACGUACAUCUUUUCAAGAACCAUUUUCAGAUAGUACACUGCAUGAAAAUGCGAAAUCUAUUACAACACAUCGAGCGUCAUACGUAGGAUCUCGCUAAUGAAUUAAAUAAUAAACUAAUCGCCUUGUACAAAUUAUAAAUAAGUCUCUAAACUUUGCGCUCGCGAAAUUCUUAAUAUUAUAGACUCCUACUUAAUCUAAUGUUGACUACAAUCUCUUGAGUCUUAAAAUUGUUAUGACAAGGACGUAAUUCUGCGUACGAAAUAAAAGGACUUCAAGUCAGAA